CACUCCACCUCACACGCAUCAUGGCCAAGAACCAAGCAAAAAAGCGCAAGCGCACGAACGGCGCUGCCGUCCCGAACGCAAAGGUGGCGAAGCCCGCGCCGGUUCUCGCGGCGCCGCCCACACCCGAGAGCGAGACGGACGCUCUCCUCCUCCCCGAGGAGGUGGAUAGUGCCGUCUUCGUGCUGCGCACGCUAGCGGAGAACCCCGCCGCACUCGCAGGCAAGGAGAUGAAGGACCUGAAGCGGGCGGUGUACGAGCUGCACCGCGUGAUGGUGGACGGCGCGACUAUCGGGACGUCACUCACGUCGCGCAUCAGCGCGGCCCUCAAAGACUACCGCUUCACGGACGCUCUCAUCCUCCUGUACGAGAUGUACACGCGGCGGCUGCCGCCCAAGCUGGGGGCGCUGCAGCGUUGGGUGCGCGAGUGUGAUGCGACGUCUGGCGCGGACGGCUCGCCCGGGGACCCGGAAGCCCUGCGGUGCCUCGACAUGAUCCUGCGCAUUGCGAACCACACGCCCGGCGUCGUGCCGGCCGGCGAGAGCGCCGUCGCCGGUGAUCACGUGCGCAAGUCCAAGAUCUGGCUUGCGCGGCCGUACCUCGGCGCAGAGGGCGGCGAGAUCGCCAUCUGGGCGCGCAUGCGCGCCGGCACCCUCGUGCCGCCCGAGGCACUCGAGAAGAAGACACACCCCGGCUUCCGCCCAGUCCACUUCAUCCGGGGCGCCGACCGGCGCCCGCCCAACCUCUACGACUCGACAGUAUACACCUCGGAGCCGGGCACGAUCCGGCUCACGCCGCCCGCGGCGCGCCGCGCCCCGAGCCGCCUCGACGUCCCCGGCGUGCCCGGCGCCUUCAUCAUCCUCGACGUCUUCACGCCCGACGAGUGCCUCCAGAUCGUGCAGGCUGCGUCGGCCAUCGGCUUCGAGAAAGACCAGGCGGCAGAGGGUAGCGCGCUCCUCAAGACCUCGAUCCUUGCGCGCAACUUCGUUUGGCUGGCAGACAAGCACUUCCUCGACCACUUCUACGCCCAGAUCCUGCCCUUCGUCCACCCCACCGCGCCGGCGGGGCCCGGCGCCCUCGGUAAGGUCCGCGGGAUCAACGCCCGCUUCCGCGUAUACCAGUAUACCGAGAACCAGCUGUAUCGGCCGCAUAUUGAUGGCGCGUGGCCCGCCGCAGGCCUCGACCCCACGACGGGCGAGUACCUCCACGACUCGCAGCCGCCCGACGACCCGCUGUGGAGCCGCUACACCCUCCUCGUGUAUCUCAACAGCGAUGUGCCCGAGGACACGGGGUGCACGACCUUCUUCAUGCCCUCCAACGAGAUGGGGGUGAUGGACGCCACGAGCGUGCGGCCCAUCCAGGGCGCUGUGCUGUGUUUCCCACACGGCGAUACUGAGGGCUCGCUGUUGCAUGAGGGCAGCGCGGUCGGCAAGGACGGCGGCAAGAUCGUCAUCCGCACGGAGCUGCUGUACGAGGCCAAGGGCUUUGGCGCGUUCAAGCCGCCCGUCCCGGUGCUCGAGUAAACAUGAAAACUAGGCGUUGUGUGUAUGUAUCUGCAUUGUACAGGG